AUUCAUUCUAAAGGCCAAUUUAAUAGGAGGCGAUACUUCGGGACCAUUGCUUUGAAGGGAACCAUAUUAGCUAUUUGCAAAGUGUGAUACAUCAGAGGUGAGCCAAGAUGACAACUGCGGCCCGACCAACAUUUGAGCCGGCCCGUGGAGGGACUGGAAAGGGAGAGGGGGAUUUGAGUGCUAUGUCCAAACAGUACUCUAGUAGAGAUCUACCUGCACAUACCAAACUCAAAUACAGACAAGAAGGCCAAUACACAAGGGAGGAGCUUAGAGGACGUGACUUCAGAAAGGAUCUUGAAGAACGGGAGCGAGUAGCUCGAGAGAAGAGAGAUCGUGGACGUGGAGGAGAAAGUAGCUCAAGUGGAAGUAGCACAAGCACAAAGAAACCAAGGCUUGACCAGAUUCCUGCCUCAAACCUUGACGCAGAUGAUCCGUUGGACGACGAUGAUUCUGAUGCCAGCUCAGAUGAUGACGACGAUGACGAAGAUGACACUGCUGAACUACUGGCAGAACUGAGCAAAAUUAAGAAGGAAAGAGCAGCAGAGGUUAUAAGAAAGGAACAAGAAGCAAAGGCAGAAGCGGAACAGAUUCGAACAGACAAUAUCUUACGUGGUAACCCAUUACUUAAUGACUCCCCAGCAGCUGAAUUCAAAGUAAAAAGAAGGUGGGAUGAUGAUGUCGUUUUUAAAAACUGUGCAAGAGAUGACGAUAAAAAAGACAAACAAUUUAUAAAUGACACUCUUCGAUCUGAAUUCCAUAAAAAGUUUAUGUCUAAAUAUGUCAAAUAACACGAGAAAUUAGUGAACUACACAAGGAAUAUGUAAAAUUUAACAUAAGGAGACAAGGAGAACAUUGGAGCGCAAGGAAUGCUGAAGGACUCACACAUUUCCAAAGUAUCACUCGUAGCCAUGAUUUUAUUAUAUUUUUAGAAAAA